CACCUUGUGAAAAAUGUUCAAUCCGGCCAUUCUCCUCUUCGUCCUUUUAUUCUUCGUUGUCUCAAGUGCCGAAUCCAUAAUCAAUCGACAACCUCAGGAGUUCAGAUCUUUCAAGAUCCAAAACACCCAGACAACCCAGAGUCAGACCGGGAGGAGCACCUGUUCAUACACGGUGACCAUAAAAACGAGCUGCUCAUCAGUAAGAUUCACCCGAGACAGAAUCAGCCUCUCAUUCGGCGAUGCUUACGGUAACCAGGUUUAUGUCCCAAGGUUGGACGACCCAUCGUCUCGGAUUUUCGAGCACUGCUCGACGGAUACGUUUCAGAUAAGAGGGCCAUGUACCUAUCAGAUUUGUUAUCUCUAUCUGCUAAGAUCCGGUUAUGAUGGUUGGAAGCCGGAGACAGUGAAGGUGUACGGAGCUUCUAAGGUUUCCUUCAAUUACAACACCUUCAUUCCCAAUGGAGUUUGGUUUGGUUUCAAUCUCUGCAAUUCCAAUCUCAACGACGUUUCCAGUUCCAUCUCCUCCUCCUCCUCUGCUGCUGCUGUUUCCAUGUAG